GGACAAGUUGCGGUGAGUAUACAAAAUAAAUGUUUACAUAUAUAUACAUAUUUGUUUGUUUAUAGUGUUCACAUCAAAAUAAUCUGACUCAUAGGUAUUGUCGUAUGCAGAAUGAACCUGAUAUGCCAAUUAAGAAUGUCAUCAAAGAUAUCAAAAAGACCAUGAACUAUAUAUAGUAUAUCAUACAAGAAGGCGUGGCAUGUAAGGGCAAAGGCAAUUAGAAUGGUAUUCGGGGAUUGGGAUGAAUCAUAUAGGUUGUUGCCUAAAUUCAUGCAUGCAUUACAAACAUCUAAUCCUGGCACCAUCGUGCAAUGGGAGCAUAGAUAUACCGGAGGUACAACCAUUAUGCCCAUCUUCCACUUUGUUUUCUGGUCUUUCAAACCCGUCAUCGAUGGAUUCAGAUAUUGUAGGCCUGUUAUAACCAUAGAUGGUACAUUCUUAUAUGGGAAAUACACUGGUGUGUUGCUUGUAGCAACGAUUGUCACUGCCAAUGGCAAAGUAUUAUCGCUUGCAUUCGCUGUUGUCGACAGGGAGAGUUUGGAGUUUUGGUAAUUCUUCAUUUCAAAUAUCAAGGAACAUAUUGUCAUGGACUGACAGGGAGUGGCUUUGAUAUCUGGUCGAGCUGAGAGUAUUUUAGCUACUAUGAGGCGGCAUUGGCUGAAUCCCUCACUCCAAUUUGUUGGAUAUCAUCUGCACUGCUUUCGACAUGUUUGUAGUAACUUUAAUACUAGGUUAAAAAAUAAGGAGCUGAAACAACUUCUAUGGAAAGUAGGGAGUGCUCAUCAAUGACGAAAGUGUAAUGGUUACUUAGAACAGAUACAGGCUAUUAACCAAGAUGCCAUCAAUUGGGUUCACAAGAUGAAUCUUGUGGAGUGGGCCCUUGCGUAUGACAGUGGAUAUCGGUGGAGGGUAUUGACCAGCUAUGAUGCAGAGUGCUUCAAUAGCUUCUUGAAAGGUGCAAGGAACUUACCUAUCUCAGCUAUGGUUGAAUUUACAUUUUGGCGGCUCGUAAAAUAUUUUGACGAGAUGGGAGCACAAGCUGAAAUAGAUGUACGAAAUGAGUUCCAAUACCCUAGAGAGAUGCAAAAAACUAUUGAAGAUGGCAUCGCAAGGGCAAAUACUUUCAAGUUGAUAUCGUAUGACAGGCCCCGCCGCGUAUUUGAGGUUCAAACAUCUUUUCGCCAUGGACGAGGUCGCAAUACACAAAUUGUGCGGAUGAAUCAACCCACAUGCAGUUGUGGGAAAUAUGAGAUAAGACACUAUCGAUGUUCCCAUAUGCUCGCUGUAAUGUCUGAAUGCGGUGACAAUCCAUUCGAGUACGUUGAUCUAGUAUAUAGGCUUCCUGUAUACAUGAGGAUUUGGGAAACUAAAUUCAAUCUAAUACCGCAUCAAGAUUAUUGGGAUGAUCUGCGGUGGACCUUAAUGCAUAAUGUAUUUUGUCUGCGAGAAGUAAAACGGGGUCGUACAUCUAUAUCUCGUAUUCCGAAUGAGAUGGAUAUAUCAGAUGUGCGUUUGACCGCUCGUUGCAGUGAGUGCCAGUAGACAGGUUAUGACAGGCGAACAUGUCCGGCGCGACUUGGUCGAUGAAGACUAUGUAAUACUUACAUAUUUUAAUAGAUCAUUUUUUAAUUCUUUAUUUGUAAUAAAUCAUUUAAUUCUUUAUUUUUUAAUUCUUUAUUUGUAAAUGGGGUCGUAUAU